GUUUCAAAAAUCCAAAUUACAUUUGAUCAAAGCUCUCAAAUUCUAGGGUUUUACAAUCAGAGGUUGAACAAUGUCGGACUACCUACCUGAAGAUGUCCUCAUCGAUAUCUUCACAAGACUUCCCAUCAAGACUCUCCUGCAAAUCAGGUGCGUCUGCAAAUCAUUGUACGCUCUAAUCAACAACCCUAGUUUCAUCACCGCACACAUCAAUCGCACCAUUUCACACACCAACACUCCAUUAUUACUCCUUAAUUACCACAUUGACAAGAAAGAGCACUACUCAAUACACUGCGACGACAAAACAUUUGUUGAGUGCACUGUUUGUCACUCCUCAAUCUCUUACCUCAGAGUAGUGGGUUCAUGUAAUGGAUUAAUUUGCUUGUCCGAUGAUAUACAUGGUUAUACAGACCUUAUCAUUCUGUGGAAUCCAGCAAUUGACAAGUCCGUCACACUUACUUUUGCAUCUGACUCGCAUGAGUGCGUUCUAGGGUUUGGGUUCGAUUCUCGGGCUAAUGACUACAAGGUUGUGAGGAUUGUUUAUCUUCACGAUUCGUUUGAGUCCGAGGUCGAUGUUUAUGAGCUUAGCACAGGUCUGUGGAGAAGCAUUGGUACUGCUGCUCCUCUGUAUCACAUGAUUCUAUGUCAUUUGUCACAUGUUUUUGUGAAUGGGGCUUCACAUUGGAUCGCAAUUGAAGAGAAUCGGUAUUUGAUUUUGUCAUUUGAUAUGGGUAGUGAGGUUUUCAAGGAGAUAAUGCUUCCGAGCAGCAUUUCUAAUGGGAAUAAGCUGAAGUUGUCGGUUGCACGUUUUGGGGAAUCUCUCUCUCUGUUCCACUAUGGUGAGGAGGAGUUAAUUUGGAUGACAAGUAAGAGUUGUUGCAUAUGGGUGAUGAAAGAAUAUGGUGUAGUAAGUUCUUGGACCAAAUUGUUCACUGUUGGUCUACGAGGAAUAAGCAAGGUUUUAGGAUUUAGGAAAACGGGGGAAGUUCUAGUAGGAAUGGGUAAUGGAGAGCUGGUUUCAUAUGAUCCCAAGAGCAAAAAAGUGGUAUUUACUGGAAUCUGUGGGUAUAGAUCCCCGUUUCAUUUGGAUACUUACGUGGAAAGCCUCGUUUUACUUGGGAGGAAAAAAUUGAAGUCCUAAUGGGCCAAGCAUGUAAUGUUAUAGUAAUGCCCUUACUGAAGAGGUUGGAGAAGAACAUAUAGUUAAGGAGGGAGCAUCAAUUAAGAAAGCAAAGAACAAUAUGCAGGCAAUGUGAACGUACUUACACAAUAUUUGCACUUAUUGUCUUAAGUUCUGUUUUGUCCUUAGACACAUGAGAUUAACCUUGCUAUAUAAACUUUAAAAAAUUAACUUUUCAUCACAAUACCUUUCAUCUAGCAAACUUUGUUGCCAUUGUUAAGUAUGUAAGGGGAAAUCUAGUCUUUGGUUCUGAUAACUUCUACAUUUGUAAAAAAUCGAUAGGGUUUGAAUAGUGUUCAUUUUCAGUUUCUCUAAUUCAUAAAUAUUAGAUGAUCUUGGUAUUUUUCCAAUUUUUUUAGGUGGGUUGCUCUUUUUUUACUUAUUGACAGUGUUCAUUAUUGACUACUCUAUCUUUCGGUUGCUCUUAGUUGUAAAAAUUGGUAAUUUCUAAUUUAUUAGGAUGGAAAAAGAAUAGUGGAGAGCUGGUAGCAUAAUCCCUUCCCCAGUUUCAUAGGCUUUGAGAAUCUUUUAAUCCUUGGCAUUCCUUGAUUUAUUAUUAUUAUUAUUAUUUUUUUUUGUAUAAACUGAUUACCGACACAUUUUUCUUUCCACAUAAAAUUUUCUAUCUCUUAUUAUUAUUAUUAUUAUUGGCUCUGUCCUUACAUGUGAAUAACCCCAAGCCAACGCCAACACUAGCCCCAAGCUUUCUACAUAUCGAUAUCCACGAAUCUGAUAUGAAGCCCAGAGCCUUUGAUUUGGGAAAAAUAUAAUAAUAUGGUGUGAUUCUAUAUUGAUUUCUGGAGAAUUUUUUUUACUAAGACCAUAAAUUCAAAUAUAUAUAUAUAUAUAUAUAUAUAUAUAUAUAUAUAAUAUUAUGUUUAUUAGCUCUAUCAAGAGGAAAAGGACCCUUCAGGAAAGCAAUUAUUGCACAACCAUAAUUUACCUUUGCAAAUAAGACAUGCGUUGUCAGUAAUUUUAGAUCCCAACUGCCGGUAGUUUCUCGAUGAUUUAACGUGAUUCAAGAUUCUGUUCAAUCAAAACUCAUUUAAAUUAUUUGAUUCAGGCAGAAAAAAUAGGGAGGAUAAAGUUGAUGUAAGCGGUACUUAAUUAAUAUGUAUAUGCAUGUAUAAGAAUGUGUUUGUGUAUGCUUACCUAAAUAAAAAAGGGUGUGAUUGUAUAAGUAUUCUAGGACUUUUACAUGUAGAAGAGGAAAAAGAAGAAGAUGAAACUGGGUGGGUCUUAGGAGUCAUACCAAGUUUUUAUUUAUAUAUAUAUUUUUCUUUCCUUUUAAAAAAAAUAAAAAUAAAAAUCCUGGACAUGUGAUACAAUGUUGUUGGAAGGACAUACUAUAGUGUAUAACUUAACUAAGACAGCAUAGUUUAAUAAUGAGUAAAUUGUAAUUUCACAUCCUUAGUGACUGCAAACUAACGCUAUGGCCUAACUUGCAAGAUUAUGAUAAGUCAUAAGGUUUUUCUGCAAUUACCUUUAUUAUUAGUAUUAUUGUUGUUGUUGGUACGCAGUCAAAUUUAUUUGAUGCAAUUGUUAUAAAAUAUGGUGUUGUUAUUUAGACACAGCCUAUAACAGAGUUGACAAGUAUGUGAAGAAGAUUGCAACAGAGAAAGGAGAAGGAUGACAGGUAAUUGCAUGUGCCUUGCUUUUUUUUUUUUUUUUGUUUGCAAAAGCAAUGAUAUGUGAGUAAAAACUAAAAUCUGAUGAAGCAAAUGCUGGGCAAUCUUUCCAAUAGCACAAAGCAUAGCAGUUUUGACACUUCGCAAUAAAAAAAAAGUUGCUUUGUAGACCUUUAAACAUACGAGUCUAGAUCCAUUUUGUACAGAUGUGGAGGACCCUGAUCACUUCACACAGGCCGUCAGAAUUCUCUCACAUAAAAGUAUUCAUGUAAGAGUCUCACAUGAUGUCAUCUUAUCAUUAUCUAUUUGUUUCAUUUUCUUCAGUAUGCAAAUUACAUACCCACAUGUUUGUGUUAGAAACUCAAAUUUAGAAAAAAGUGACCACUUCAAUGAAGUGCAUUAAUAUAUCUACAGUAUACACACUUAUUACAAACAAAAUAUAUAUAUAAUAUAUAUGUAUACACACAGUCACAUACCUACCGAGAAUAUAAUAAUAAAUAUACACAUGAAACACGCAUUGGUUGAGCUUGAGAUUGUGGUCUUCCUCCUUCACCUGCCUUCAAAUUGAUUCCUUUUCCAUGCAUAACAGUAUACAAUAACAUCACACACUCCAGCAGCCAUGGCUUCUGCCCAUUUCCUCCGGAGUCAACACCUCUACAUUCCCUCCAAUAGCCGAAACUGAAACAAAAUUUCAAGAAAAAAACAGUGUAUGUUCUUUAUAUAAGCCACAUGCUUCAUGUUCUUUUGGUCAAAGCCAUGGCUUCUGAAGUUCUGAUCCGCAAACUGGCAGAAAACAAGUAGUGGUAAUCCUAUUACUUCUGUUAUUAUUGUUAGUGAAUCAAAGAAUUUGGCUACUCUCUCUCUCUCUAUUUUAUUAUUAUUAUUUAUAUUUUGGUUGGUGGGGCUAUUAGAUAGUGUAUGACCUAGAUGAAAGGCUGAAUAAGUUAGCUGAUGAAGUGGAAAAGAAUCUGGAGUCACUCUGUUUUCAACUUGCAACGUAAGCUAAUCAGUCUUUGGCUUUUGGGUAUUGAAAUUGAUACACCUUUUUUUUUGGGUUUUUCUAGUAUCUGUUCAUUUUGAUGUUCUAUGUGGUGUAGAUUAAUGUCUUCUGAGAAUAACCAACAAGAGGGAAGAUCGGUUUCAUGAUUUGGAAUCUCUCUUUCAUUUAACUUCUUUCAAUGGUAGCUUGCUGCUCUAAAUUUUUAUUUUGAACUAUUAAAGAAGUAGACACGAGCAAUAUUUAUUGAAAAUUCUGAAUAUGAUUAUUUAUUUAUUAUAUUAAUUUCUUCUAUUAUUCAAAACAGAAUGUCAUGACCCGCUUUGUACUUCCAAUUAAUAAGUUUAGAGAGAAAAUUAAAUUCUCUUUGGCCAUCAAAAUCUAAGGAUCGUUUGUCAACCAAUGUGCCUGGAGUUCCCCUUGAUGACAGAAAUAUGAUAAUCAAAGCACUUAAACUUUACAGGAAAAAGACUGGAAGUGACAACUACUUUUGGAUUUAUCUUUGACAAAAAGGUACCUACGGGCUGGGCUUGGUGUUGGAAGCAGUGAUGCUGCAACUGCUCUACGCCACUGUAAAGGAACUCUGAGAAUGGUCAAGCAACAUUGGUUCAAAUGUUCCUUUCUCUUCUCCCAUGGAGCAAUCUAUUCUAGUGGUGGAGGUGAGGUUGAGUGAAUAUGCACCGUGAGCACAUCAAAGUGAAAGGUGGCAUUUCUGGGAUUUGCUAUUUUCUAGGAUGUUACCAAGUGCACCACCACACUGCAGCAAAGGGCUUGGUCCUCGAUAAAAUGAAGGUAGUAUAUUUGUGGCAUAGACAUGAUGGUGUUUAGAACGGGGGGUAAUGAAUAGCUGUUUGCUGAAUUGUUACCCUGGAGAUCCACAAAAGACAUCCUAGACCAGCCAACUUAAGCCAGCUUUAUCACCUGUCGCAUUAAUCAGCAGUGCAGAGAUGAGAGAACCUGUUUCAACAAGUAGUCGUAGCUCUCCUGCUGAUCAUUCCAUGUCUAUUGGGUAGAGUCCAUCCUAUUGUUACAAAAAGAAAAUGGGAAUCGAGUUAAUUGUAUUGUUCAAUGGAUGUGCAAUUUUCAUUUAUCAACAAUGUCAACAGAAAAUGUCCAAUUUUCUUCA